UCAUUCUUUCUUGUCAUCACAAUCGUCGUCACCGUCACUAUUUGUGAAAAUAGAAAUAGGUGAUUUUUCUAUUUUAUCAAUUUUAAAUAUACUCAACGUAUGUAAUAUUAAAAUUUUAUACAAUUUAACGGCGGUUUUAACACUAUGUCAUUAUAUUCCUUGAAUGUUUGGAAUUUAGAAAAGUGUAUAUGUAAAAUAUUGUAAAUAGUUUUGGUGUAUAGUGCAAGAUGUGGUCAUUUUUCUCACGGGAUCCCACAAAGGAUUUUCCUUAUGAAGUAGGAGAUCCAAUCAGGGGAUUAGAAGACCGGACUGUAUGGACCCUUCACAAGGGUAAAAAAAGAGGCACACAAGAUGAAGUGUCAAUAUUCCUAUUUGAUGUUCAGAAGAAUUCUGAAACUCUAUUCGACAUAGCGAAAGCUUCUCUGAAGAGACUGAAGACUAUGAGACACCCUAGCCUUUUACAUUAUUUAGAUAGCUGUGAAACUGAGAAAUUUUUGUAUGUAGCUACUGAAUAUGUAGACCCCUUAGCCACCCAUAUAGAAGAUAUGAAGCUUGAAGGGCAACAAAGAGAAUUAUUUUUAGCUUGGGGUAUAUUCCAAAUAACUAGAGCAUUAUCCUUUUUAAAUAAUGAUGGGAACAUGAGACAUAACAAUGUUUGUCUGUACUCAGUCUUUGUAACUCAGGCAGGCGAGUGGAAACUUGGCGGGUUUGAGUUUUUAGCCAACCAAGGACAGGACCCUAAUAAUUCUAUACCUAUUAAAAUAUUACCUGCUUUAGAAAUUUAUGAUCCACCUGAAAAGAAAGAUCCCACUAAAUUGAAAGCUGUUACAAAGUGCUCAUCUGACAUGUGGGGUCUUGGUUGUUUGAUCUGGGAAGCUUUCAAUGGACCCUUGAAGAAUCAGCCUGCACUCAAAACCACAGACUCGAUUCCAAAACAGCUGAGCACUUUGUACUGUGAACUAGUCAGUGCCAACCCUGCUACUAGACCAAAUCCAGCUGACAUUAUCACAAGGUGUCGAAAAUUGGGUGGCUAUUUCAAAAAUGAUCUCAUAGACACUAUGUUGUUCUUAGAAGAGAUUCAAAUUAAGGAUAAGGUGGAGAAAGGGAAGUUCUUUUCCACUUUGAGCUCACACUUAGACAACUUCCCAGAGGCUGUGUGUGUUCAUAAGAUCUUGCCGCAGCUGCUCACAGCAUUUCAUUAUGGUGAUGCUGGGUCAGCGGUAUUAGCGCCUAUGUUUAAGCUGGGCAAGCUGCUGGAGGACGCGGACUACCAGAAGCAGAUAGUGCCGUGUGUAGUGAAACUGUUCGCGUCCAACGACCGCACCACGCGCUCGCGACUGCUGCAGCAGCUGGACCAGUUCAUCAUGCAUCUACACAACUCCACUGUCAAUGACCAAAUAUUCCCGCAAGUAGUGAACGGGUUUCUCGACACCAACGCAGUGAUACGAGAGCAGACUGUGAAGUCCAUAGUCCAUCUGGCAUCGAAGCUCAACUACAACAACCUGAAUGUUGAGGUGCUUAGACAUUUUGCGCGGCUGCAGGCCAAGGAUGAUCAGGGUGGAAUAAGAACGAACACAACAGUGUGCCUGGGCAAAAUCGCGGCUCACUUACACCCGCAAAUCCGUCAGAAAGUGUUGGUGUCAGCGUUCGUACGCGCGACCCGGGACGCGUUUCCGCCCGCGCGCCAGGCCGGGGUGCUAGCCUUGGCCGCCACACAACAGUACUUCCUGCUGGCCGAGGUCGCUAAUAGAGUGUUGCCAGCGCUGUGUCCGCUUACUAAUGACCCGGAAAAACAGGUUCGUGACGCAACUUUCAGAACGAUAAAGGGCUUCCUUGGCAAAUUAGAGAAAGUUUCAGAAGACCCUAGUCUCAAAGAAGGAAUGGAGGCGGACGUGCACACAGCGACGCCGUCGCUGAGCAACGCGGCGGCGACGUGGGCGGGCUGGGCGGUGACGGCCGUCACGGCCAAGUUCUACCGCUCGCACUCCGACACCGCGCGCGUCGCCAUCUCCGCCAAGUCUGCGCUCUCCAAGCCAGGGUCACUAGAGCAACCGUCAUCGAGCAGCAUGUCGACAACGACGUCAUCGGUGACAUCGAUGACGUCACUGGAGCACAGCGAGUCGGCCUCCGACUACGAUCCAGAACAUUGGGACAUGGCCGCGUGGGGAGAGAUAGAUUCCAGUGCUGGCACGGGCACGGGCACGGACGCACGCAGCGGCGGGAGCAGCAGCGGCAGCGCGCGGCCCGCCGGUGCGCUCGCGCAGCUCUGCGACGACGACUGGGACCACGAGGAGUGGGGGCAGCUGCAGGAGCAGCCGAGCGCAGAAGCGGAACUAGUGAGCCCUUCAGAGACGUGGAACAACUCUGAUUGGACCUCGAUGGCGGUCAACAACGCGAACGCGACUUAUGUCCGCGGCAAUAAGCUGGAGCAUCGCCCCACCGCGCAUCAGAACAGCAACGACUCUCUCGGCGGAUGGGAGGACGGAGAAUUUGAGCCUAUCGAGGAGAACAUCGAUGAAAACAACGCGUCAAAAAUGGACGAGAUGCGAAGGAAACGCGAGGAAAGGAAACUACAACGUCAGAGAGAGAUGGAAGCUCGCCGCAACGCGCGCGGACAAGGGCCCAUGAAGCUGGGCUCCAAGCUCACGGCCGCAGCGCCGCCAUUCUAGUGGGACUCCGGACAUGCUCACGAAACGCGCACAAUUCUCAAUGAGGUUCACUUUGAAUGUUUACUAAAGGUUGUGUCCAAGAUUACUGAAAAUACAGAAAUUAAGCUCGUAUUCAUAUAAAAGUUAAUACCAACUUGUUAAUAUAUGAUGGCUAUCGCACUUUACAAUAUUUAACAUUGACAGAACGAGACAACAUGUCAUAACAUAAAGUAGGGUUUUAUAAGAAGUAUAUACUUACAUAUGAAAAAACAAUGUGUCGAAGCAUCCCUAGCGAAACAGAUUAGUUGAACUCAAAACACCUCUAAUAGGGUUUCGAUUAAUAACGCAACGUAGCUAGAUGUUUCAUUUCUGUAUUACUACAGACACUUUCUGUACAUCAAGUAAAUAAUCUUCAGUAGACUUUUUAAAAUCCAUAAUCUUAUGCUCCAAGUAUGGUUUCAAAUCAUUAUAGAAACCUCAAUUCGUAAGAUUUUGUAGCGCGUUUCACUUGCCUCACUAUGAAGUGUUCCAUAGUGUUUAUUAGAUUUGAUAACUCUAAUUUAUUCCAUUACAUACAUUGUCAUCAAUGAUUAAGUACUGUUUUAUAAUACAGUCAAUUCUGAAAAAAGUAUUUGUGGCUAAAGAAAUAUUGGAAAUUGUGUGUGAUGAAGCAUAAAUUAAUAUAAAUAAUUGUAUUUAUUUGUAUUGUCUUUAAAAUGCAUUAUUUAACUCUUUGGCGGACACAAAAAAACACUAAAGAAGUUUAAAUUGUUAUCAUGUCUUUAUAGGAUAAAUGUCCAGCAAAGCGUUAAUAAGUAUUAUUUAUUAUAGUGUAGUUUAUGAUAAAAUAUACUUGAUUAAAUAAUCAUAAUUUGGUCUUUACUGAAAAUGGAAUUGGGGAACAAAAUAGAAAUGAUGCACCAAACUAUUAUAAUUAACGCUCAAAGAGGCUGAACGUCAGUGUGGUGUGAUUACUGAUGUUACCCACACACAGUGGCGAAGGCGAGCCUUCUGCAAAUAGAAAUGAAGUAAUUGAAAAAAUGUAUAUCAAAUUCACAAUGACACAAUGUUUCUACUAUUUUUGUUGCAAUAGCCUAAAAAAAUUAUGUGUUUCCUCUAACUUGAAAAUUGCAUUCGCUCUGCGAAUUUCUUUUGAGGGGUUUUUUGCUGGCUAUGGAUGAUCGGCAAACAAUUUUAGACAAUGUGGUGAUUUUAUAAUAGAUAAUACUAUAGACCUGAUAAAUUUAUAAUUACUAAAGAGAAUGAUAUCUUAGAUGACAAAAAUAGGUAUUUAACGGCAAAAUAUUUUGCCACUUUUAGGUAUUUUAUUCCAAGGCCAUAUUUUUCUCUAGCUUAUAUUAUAUAGUAUACGUAUUUAAUUAAUAUCUAUGUACAGAAUAAAUCGUUUGCUUUGUCCUGAGUUACGGGAAUGUGUGCAAUCGGGAUAUGAGGGUGUCAAUUUGUAAUAAGUGCUUGUGUUGAUGACUGCAUCUGACAUUCCAGAACCGACACUUGAGAAUGAACAAAAUGUAGACAGUAUAUUAGGAAGAAAUACAUCUGUUCAAAUAGUUCUAAUAUUUAUCGUACUCCACAGCAUAUAAGAUACAAUUUGUGUCGCUGAAACAUAAAAAAUAAAUUUUGGGCCGUAGUAAUACAUUACUGCAUGGCCCAAAAUUUGAGCCACACACAGUUUAUUUUAUUUUAAAAAUUCCAUUCGUCCACUUUCAAGUGUCGUGACUGAUGAAGUGAAUAGAGAAAUGGUUGAUGGAUAGGUUUAAUAUGUACCGUGCAAUAUGUAUUUAUUGCAUAUUUUAUAACUAAUUGUAUUUCAACUACCAGACUGAAACGGUCUACGUUUUUUACCAAUUCACACAUUAUCAUAAAUUCUUUUGCAAGAUAUCAAAAAUUAUAAUCAGACAAAUAUUACGACUAAUAUAUUUAGAAUUUGAAAUAUAUUUUUAAAUACAAUCACAUCUAUUUUAUCGAUAUUGCUUAAAUUUCCUAACGAUUUUAAAUAUGUAUUGUAAAAUCUCCCUUUCAACUUCACUAGGCGUUCUAUAAAUAGACAAGUAAAUUUUAAGUCUUAUGUUCUCAUACAAACCAUUAGACUAUUCCAAAACCAUAGCCGUAUUAAUAUUUUAUUUUUAAACAGGAUAAUUUUUAUUAUUUUAGCUUUAACUUAAAAAAUAUAUAAUGAUAGAAUUUUGUUGCAGCUCUAUAAACAGUACAGUGUUAUAACAUUUUUCCUGAUUAGAGUUCUAUCAUUGUUAUGUACUAUAAUAUUCAAUGGUCAACUUCCGAACUCUAUAUAACCAGACACAUGCCGAUGCGAAUGAGUGAACAUUGCGAUGCAUCGCAAUGAAAAACCCGCAAUGUAUAUGGAAUCCACCAAAGUUUAGCAAAGUGUUCGACGACAGUAUGAAGCUGGCAUACAAUGUUGCUUGUCUCAAUGAUCAUGACAAUACUAAUUUUGUAACCCAGUUAAGGUCAUCAUCACAUAUCUUUUAAAUAAUAUUUGCGUCAGUAAUAUGUGCAUGUAUGCUUUAUAUUCUCAGCAAAAAAGAAAAGCCGAGGACCCUGGGCUCUGACGGUAAACGCUUGAAGAAAGAACCGGGAAAAAGAUUUUCAGCAAAUAUUCUCUAUUUUACUUGACUUUCGCAAUCGAGUCAUUCAUUCAUAAAUUUUAAACAGGAUUUACAGUUUAUUAAUAAUUUGAUAUUUAUCAAUUAAGAAGUCAACAUUCAGAUUUGUUUUCUUGUCGACUAUUAAGUACUAUUGAUAUUUUUAUUUAUGAUGAAAUUAUUCUAUCCGCUACAGUUUACACUUCUGUAAAUAAAAAGUAAAAAUGUUUAA